CACUCGUUUGUUUCCUCCGGAUUGAUUCUGAUGUAGUACGCGCAUGUACACAAGUACGAUACAUUUAAAAUCAAUAAAUGAGACAUUUUUACGGUCUUUUUACAAAUAGAAAUUGGGUUUAUUUCAGGUUUAAUAGUUAUAAAAUUUAAUUUUCAGCCCAGCGAAUUUAACCUGAAGAUGUUAUCGGAUUUGCAGUAAGAUGUCUCUAUGUGACCAUUUUUUUUCUUGCAGCAUGUGUACAACAAAAACGUUAUGAAAUGUUUUUAUAAUAAUUUGAAGUAUAACAUAUAUGUGAAUCCCGUGUAGACGUAAACCAUGGUAACACUGGAUAAAAAUAAUCAAUACUUGAUUGUAUUUCUUAGUUAAAUUAUUAAAAAUUCAAGAAAAAAAAUAAUAAAACAAGGCAACUUUAACUCAGAAUUCCCAUGUAACAGAUUACAAUGAAUCAGACAUCAGUGCAGUUAAAAAACUGAUUUCCAAAGUCAACCAAUCUCAUCUUUAAUGAACUGAUCCAACAAAAUGCUGAGGAUAAAGGCACUGGCACCACUGCAGACACGAGUAUCGUGUUGGCUUUUGGUCCUUCAGAGAGGUCAUCGUCUGGCCUCCAUCAAACAUGUGUGUCAGCUCUCAGAGAGGAAGCGUCAGAGUCUGCUGUACCCUUUUAGUGAUCUGGAGGGGCACCUGUUCUCACAGGUCAAUCAGGCACAAUUCAAGAUCUUCCAUCCCAGUUUGGAGGAACUCCGCCAGGCAGAGACACUUUUCACUCCCUCCUCUAAACAUGUCAUCAACUACUCGACUUCUGCUGUCAGGAUGGACCAUGUCCCUAUUCUUAAACAGCCUGAGGUGUGUUUUAUGGGCAGGAGUAAUGUGGGGAAGUCUUCUCUCAUCCGUGCCUUAUUCUCUCUUGCACCAGAGGUGGAAGUGCGGGUCUCUAAAACUCCAGGUCACACCAAAAAGCUCAAUUUCUUUACUGUGGGAAAAGCGUUUACUCUAGUAGACAUGCCUGGCUAUGGACACAUGGCACCACAGGACUUUGUAGAGAUGGUUGAACCGUAUCUUCAGGAGCGCCACAAUUUGGCGAGGACGUUCUUGCUGGUGGAUGCAAGUGCAGGAUUGCAGAGUACUGAUUUAGUUGCUGUGGAGAUGUUUGAAGAAUUUAAUUUGCCUUAUGUGCUGGUGGUAACCAAGAUAGACAGAACCCGACAGGGUGCUUUGUUGGCUCUUGCUCUGGAGCUUCAGGACUUCAUCAAAAAGCAAACCACAGCUUGUUUCCCACAACCAUUUUUAGUGAGUUCAGUCCAAUUCUCCGGGAUUCACCUGCUCAGAUGUUUCAUAGCACACGUAACUGGGAAACAACUGCUUUCUGCUAAACAAUCAUGAAUGUACAGGACUGCCAUGCACUGACACCACGUGGACAAAUCUCAUUUCCAAAACACAUUUUGAAAAAGACCAAUUUUAAGCAUAGAAAUGUUGAUGUCGAGUCUGUGCAUUAAUGACUAAUGCAGAGGAAUCAUGUUGUUACUGGUUUCAGGAUUCAUUCAACCCUGUAUGAACUCCAUGAAUGAUCCAGGAUUGAGUGUGAGUGAGCUUUCAGAGGAAAUAAGAAAAAUUUUAAUUUUUGUAAAUGGUAUCAUGGCAUAGUACAUACACACUGAUAUUAGUCGCAGUGAUUAAAAAAAUGAAGAAAUUUACCAUGUGGAAUUAACUCCAUGCUUCAUAUACAGAUUGUAUAAAUUCAACCUAAAAGUUACUGUUGAAACCUGUAUUUGCUGUAGAAUAAUUUUCAUAAUCGUUCAAAAUCAUUUAUUUUUGUGCAUUUCAUCGAUCUAUUUCAUUUAGUCUAUGACAUUUCAGUCAAAUCAAUUAAAUACUAUGACAGUUA